CUCGUCUUCCGCUUCGAGGCCUUUGGCCGCCCCGUCCGCAACAUGAAAAAGUUUGAAGAGGGCGUCUUCUCCGACCUCCGCAACCUCAAGCCCGGCGUCGACGCCUGCCUCGAGGAGCCCAAGAGCCCGUUCCUCGACCUGCUGUUCAAGUACCAGUGCAUCAGGACCCAGAAGAAGCAGAAGGUGUUUUACUGGUUCUCGGUCCCGCACGAUCGGCUCUUCCUCGACGCGCUCGAGCGCGAUCUUAAGCGCGAGCGGAUGGGCCAGGAGCCGACGACCGCCGUCGUGCGCGAGCCCGCGCUCAGCUUCACCUACGACCCCAAGCGCCCGCUUUACGAGCAGUUCUCGGCCGCGCGCGAUGGCGAGGGCGAGCUCGAGGCCGCCGUCCGCGUCGCCGACGAGGCCGCCAUCACCACCACCGCCUCUGCCUCUACCUCUGCCUCUACCGCUAAGUCCGACAGUUUGCAGGCUGGCAGAUACUGGAUACUCUACCUCUCCGUCACGUCUGACAUCUUUGAGGCGACCAUCUCUCGAUGA